UUUUUAAAAUGGAACUUUUUUUAUUAUUUUGAUCAAAUAGAUUAUUAAUUUAAUAAACAUUAUGUUCAAAAUGACAAUUUGGAUUUUAGAUCUUACAAAAUAUUAAAGUUAUUAUUCAACAAAAUAUAGUUGAACAAUUAAUACAGAUUUUAUUAAUUUAAAAAUGUAUAGUAUUAAAUUUAUAGAUAUUAUGUUUAAAAUAACAAUUCGGCUCAAUACUUCUAUAUAUUUUCAUAACCAAUUAACUUAUGUCUUCAUACAUCGAGAUUGGGCAUAAAUUAUUAAAAAGUAUUACGUAUAUAACCCCUUAAAAAGCGGAAGUGUGGAGUAGAUCUCUUAAGAAACCGGCACAUGCCCGUAAACAGCAUGCUUGUAAACAAUUAUUUUUCGGGAAAAAGAAAUUCAUACCUAUACACAAUACUAUAAAGAAGACAAUAAUUUCCGUCGUACCUACCGUUUUUCCAAUUGUUAUCAUUGAAACAAAAAAAUUAUUGUUAUUUAAAAUCCGUUUUUUAUGUUUUUUCAAAUUUCAAUAACUUUUUUUUGUACCUUACUUCAUAAAAGUUAUGAUGUUCGCGGUAAAUUAUGAAUUCAGUAUUUUAGAUAAUAAUCUUUUUAAAUUGUAUAUUCUGAAGUACAUUAAAGCUGUACCUACCUAAAUGAAAAAAAUGAAACUAAGGAUUACGAGGAGUCGCUUAAUUUGAAGGUAAGUAUGGUAUUAUUAUUACUUAUAUCUUAUACUAUACUAGUUAGUAGUAACUAAUAACUAUUAAGUUUCAAUACUAGUGGUACCGGUAAUAUUAUUUUAAACCUUAUAGAUACCUACAUUAUUUUUCUAAUAAUUAAGUAUGUGAAAUUGUACGUAUUCUCUGGAAAUCUGAAUCAGUUAAUGUUUUCCAUAUUUUAGUUUAUUAGCUAAUCAUCAUAAUUAUCUUACUACAGAUAUAGUAGGUACGCAAAUUAUAUUAAGUAUAUGAAAGUUUUACUGCGAAAACUAUGGUUUACUUAUUUAAGUAAUCAAUAAUGGCAUAUUACGAGAAAAGUCUAAUGAGAUCGCAAAAUAAAACUUCAACCAUUUUCUACUCAUACAUUCAAAAUUAUAAACCAGCUAGCCAUUACUCCAAAGUUUGACAUCGAACAGAACGUUUCUCUAGUUUCUUUGCUCUCUGCUGCCUAUAGAUAUCGCCUGUCGUAUUCUGAUAUCCAAUUCUGAAUUAAAAUCUGUAGCAACAAAUGGAUUUAGAGGCCUUAGGGCUAAUGAAUGAUAAUCAUUUCAAUAUAUUGUUGUCAAAUGUUCCACUGGGACCCAGAAUAAAAUUUGAAAGCAAAGUUAAAAAAUAUCAGGCAUCAUUAAUUCAAAACUCAGAACACACCACAGUUUAUAAGACAUCUGCAAUUAUUAUAAAUAAUGCUGAUGAAAUUUCUCAAAAGGUCUCAAAAGUUACAACUGAAAAUCAAAUUUUUCAAUUACAUACCAUUUUGAAAAAUUAUCCUCAAGGAUCUUUUGUUCUGAACUAUUUUGAAAAACAUAACAUUCUCAAUGAGAGUUGUAGAAAUGUAUUAGUGGAAAUUAUCAUUAAUGACCUAAUAAAAAGAGAAUCCCAUAUGACAUUUAGGUUGGCUAAUUUAGUAGCUGAUGCUAUAAUUGGAACUUUUCCCACAGAAAUCAAAGAUACUUAUUUUCUAAAAGAUGCCAAAAAUAGUUCACCUAAAGGCAAAUUAUAUGCCAAAUAUUAUAAUACCAUAAGGUAUAUGAAACAAAAUGGUUUAAUACCUGCAGCAAUUGGUAAAGAGAGAUCUUCAAAACCAUUGAGUCGUACAAUGGACAAAGAUAAUAGUAUACUCGCUACUGACCCUGAUUCUGAAUUAGUGUCGACAUAUCUAAAUGAUAAAGAUCUAACAUGGCCAGAAAUAGAAGAAAUUUGGAGAAAAACUAUUAAUUACCGUCUAAAUUAUAUAAAACAAAAUAAUGCUACAGACAUUUUUAAUAAAUGGCAACAGUAUACUCAACCAAUGGGUUAUAAACUUGUUGAUAUAGAUUUUCAAAAUGUGUUUAGCGAUUACACAAAUUUCAAAACUGUUUUUGAAGAGAAUAUGAAUAAUUUAAUUAACAUUUUGAAAGAGAGAGUAAGAGAUUGUGAAAGCAAAAAAUUAUUAGAAACAUUUAGUUCAAUGCAAAAUAUGUCAACUGAUUCAAAAACGUUGAUAAUAAUGUAUUUAUUGCAUUGUAUUUUCAUUCCCACCUCAAAAAAAUCAACUAAAGAUAGUAAUGGAAAAAGAGGUUUCAUAAAAUUUAGUAUAAGGGACUCACAGAAUUCAUUCCUGGUUGUAACUCCAACAGCGGUGGAGAUGGAGUUAACAUUGAAAAAGAUGGCUGAAAACGGUCCAUUACAGCCAUGCUUGUUAGUUGUAGGAUCAUUAUUUGAUCCUAAACAAAUUCUAGUGUAUUUCGAUAAUAUUAAAUACAAAAUGUUUUCUGCCUACAAGGCGUUUGAUAUAUGUUUUAAGAUAUUCCAUGUCUUCAACGUGGAAUAUCCUCUAGAAUCUGGUGACGUAUGGCUGUUUAUACAAACUUUUUUUUACAAUAUAACAACUAAGUAUGAUAAGUCAAACGUAUUAUCAAAACAAAUUUCAAAUGAAUUAAAAUCAAAAUUAAUAUGAUAAAAUGUGUAGAAUAUAAUAUAAGGUAUACACAUAGUAUAGACUGUAGAGUAUAGGUAGGUACCUAGAUAUAUUACCAUUUACCAUUAGAUAAUACUUUCUGUUUUUGAUAUGAUGAUUAUAAAUAACUUUGUUAUUAUUUCUUUGUAAUCGUGUUAUGAAUACCUAUUAUACAUUUUAUUAAAUAUUAUAUACCUACCUAUACAGCUUAUGAAAUUGUCAAAAAAAAAAAAUUAUAAUAAUAAAUAUUAAAUAAUAUACAUAAUAAUAGUUAAUAUACCUGCUUGUUUUUAUAUAUAAUAUUAGUUUUUUUGUUUUUGUUAUUAUAAUAUUAUCUAAUAACCUGUUACUUAUAUUAUGUUAUUUUAAAUUAAUUUGCUUAUUGUGUAACUAUUUUGUAUUUAUAAUCUAUAUAUAGCCAUAUAGGCACAUAAUAUUGUUAUUGUUAGUUGUGCACUUGUAUAUACCUACUAGACUAGUGACUAUAAAUAAUAAUUAUGUAUAUAGUUAAAUUGCCAAACUACAAUAUUAUACAUACUUAACUAAUUGCAUGUACGAUGUACAUCUAUACUUCUAUAGGUACCUACAGAUUUAAUUUUUUAUAAAUUACCUUUAGGUAUACCUAAUACUUAAUAUGUGUAUUGUUUAAUAAUAAUUAUAAUAUUAUACACUAUUUUUAAUGUUAAUAUAUAAUAUAUUUGUGUUACUGUGU